AUGCUGCCCUUCGAGAUCCUAGACUCCCGUGACUCUCAGCACCUACGCUUAACACUCCCGAAGGAGUGGAUCGUAAAAAACGAGUUUUAUAUUCUCUGCCCACGAGCGCACUGGAGAGACAAGGAACUCCGCAAGGACAGGAUUGACACCCCCGCUUUCAUAGAGACCUUUACGACCAUUGCAAGUGAGUCGUUUAAUUCCUUAGUUGUUAUCCCGUGGGUAGUUAAAGGAAGCAGUUCGUGGGAACAGCGAGCACCUUCAGUUGACCGGAAGGAAAUGUACUGCAAGUGUCAUAUGAGAAGUUCCCUUUGCAUUGGUAGCAUCAUGAGCAGUCAUCCUAACGCAUCUCCCGUGACAGAUGAGCCAUACCUCACGCCGCGUCUGUCAUCCCCUAUGUCUCAUAUGGCAACCCCACCACACCCCCACUUCUACCACACACUCGACCUGCAUCACGCUUCUCACCUCCAGCACACACUCGACUUUCACCACCACUCUACUGUCACCACACACCCUACACCUCCCCCACGCUUCCCACCUCCACCACAACCCCACUUCCACCACACAUUCACCUCCACCACACCUCCACCACACCUUCCACCUCCACCACCGAACCCCAUCUCUACACCGCACAAUACCUGA